AUGCCCGAAGCUGGACCAAACUCCACAACGAAUAUACAGCCAAGUCUACUUGAGGAGAGAAGAGCAUGGGUACGACGUGAUCGCGAGGUCAAGCUCGACAUUUUCCUCUCUUUGGCGGAUGAGGUUAUGCAAGAGGUAUUCGAAGUAGGGCCGCCACUUCCACCCUCCAACUUGAACGCUAGGGAGAUGUUAAAAGCCUUGGAUGAGCAGUUUGUAGAAUUCCAAUUCGCACCAUACCAUCAUGCCUUCUGCCAUUUCCUGAAUCUACACAUCGACCAAUACGCCACCAUCGAUGCGUUCAACACAGAGUUCUCGGCGACAUUAGAGGACCUGCUGGAUCAUGGACAACCGUUAUCCAACGCGCAAGCUUGCAGCGCGUACUUCUCGAAGUUACGAUGCACACAGAAUCCUUGGGUCGCAAAGAAGUUGCAAGAGUGGGAUGCACAAUCUUCAGAACCAGAACUCGUGGACUUGAUGGGAGAGUCACCGCCCUGGUCGUUCGUCCGACCUCUGGUGACAAAGUCCUCACAGAGCUUCCAUGUAGUUUCAAUUCCAGAAGAGUCUCUAGAGAACAGCUCAGUGCAUUCGGAAAGUGACGCCGCGUCCGAACCGUCAAAUGCGUCGACUGUCUCUAGCACCACUUCGCAGUCAAGACAUACAUCUAGUACAACAACACACUCACAGGAAAUCACGGUUCAGGCGUCUACUGGAGACAUUGUCGAGACCAACUCUAUAGCUUUCCGUAAAGAACUAGAAAGGCUACCAGCGUCUGCCAUUCCAGAGCGCCGUAGUUCCAAAGAUCAUGGACAAAAGACGCCCUCAUCGCCCAACCUCGCGGUUCCAUGGCCUGCUAGACCCGACGUCCCACAACGCCCACAAUCCUCGCGUGCAGCUCUGCCAUUUAACCAA